AUGGCAGAGGCCCUCUGCCAGGUUGGCUGCAAGGCAAUCGCCAUCAUGGAUGUUUUGCAGGAGCAUGGUGAUGAGGCGGCGGAGACUUUGAAUAGGAAGUAUAAUAUUGCCGCUGCGUUCUACAAGGUGGAUGUUCGUGAGGAACAGGCUGUUCAUGAUGUUAUCCAGAGUAUUGCUCUGGAUCUUGGGAGCGUAGAUGUCCUCAUUUGCUCCGCAGGAAUUGCAGACUCUAAUAUGCCUGCGGAAACUUACGAUAUUGGGCGAUUCCGUCGUCUAAUUGAUAUUAAUCUCACUGGUACAUUCUUAUGUGCGCAGGCUGCUGGAAGGGUCAUGAUCGAACAGGGAACUGGAGGUUCUAUCAUUUUCAUUGCUUCCAUGUCGGGGCAUAUUGUCAAUUGGCCACAACAGCAGAGUUGCUAUAACGCCUCCAAGGCGGCUGUCAUUCAAUUGGGCAAGUCGCUUGCUACUGAGUGGGCUCCUCACAAGAUCCGCGUUAACUCGAUCUCACCAGGCUACAUGGAUACCGCUUUGAACCGUGUCCCGGCUCUCGAUGCCCAGAAGAAGAUGUGGUGCUCCCGCACACCCAUGAACCGUCUCGGAAAUGUUGAUGAAUUGAACAACACUGCCAUCUUCCUUGCAUCUGAUGCAUCAACCUUUAUGACCGGGUCUGACAUUGUUGUGGAUGGUGGUUACUGUGUGUGGUAAAACGCAUGUGUUUCACCCCCACUGUUCAUCUGGUCACCUUCUCACCCAUCCUUUCGACCGAUAAUAUCUCCAAAUCUCAGCUAUACCAUGUCACAUGAAUAUUUAUAUAUCGGGUUUUUAUAUUUCAUAAUGUUUUAACUUAACGACUUUCAUUCUGCUGCAUGAAUUUCUGCACGCAACAAAUCCAAGCCCAUCAUGGUAGGAUUUGCUCUGCUCGGGAAACAGGGCAGCGAGGGCGCACCGACAGAGGUUACAGUCAGCUAGGUUACUGUUUUUGUUGGUUUCCCUUUUGCGUCUCGUUACUAUACUCUAUUGCUUUUCAACGCUCCAGAGCCAUUGGUUUGAGCGUCCCGGGAUACAGGUUUUUGCAUUGGUUUCACUCCGUUUAGAGAAAUAAUUUCUUUGCUUUUCAAGAUACCAAGCGCGCUUAUAAACUUUCCUUGUAUCUUUUUACGGGUCCGCGUUUU